AUGAAUCUCGAAAGCGUAUCGUUAUCGGAAAAGACCAAAAUAAAUCUCCAACAAGCAGGCUAUAACCAACUAACUAAUAUCCAAUUACAAGUUAUUCCUCUGAUAUUAGCAGACAAAGAUAUUAUUGCUCAAUCACAGACCGGCACGGGAAAAACCGCGGCCUUCUUGAUUCCAGUUUUGGAAAAACUAGAAAACAUCGGUAAACCACAAGUACUUAUUUUAGCUCCGACCCGGGAAUUAGCCUUACAAGUAAGCGAAGAAGCCAGAAAAUUAUCGGUCAACAAAUUACGUAUCUUGGCAGUUUACGGCGGCGAUUCAAUUCACAGGCAAUUACAGUCUUUUCGCCAAGGAAUAGAUGUAAUAAUAGGCACACCAGGGAGAAUAAUUGACCAUAUUUUUACCCGAAAAAGUUUCCCCUUAGAACAUUUAAAAAUUGUCGUUCUGGAUGAAGUUGACGAAAUGAUUAACCAAGGAUUUUUAAAGGAAGUGGAAAGGAUAAUUAAAAGACUUCCUCGCGAACGCCAAACCCUACUUUUUUCGGCCACUAUUUCGCCCCAAGUGGAAGGAUUUGCCAAAAGAUUUGCCACUAAUCCGGAAGUUAUUACCAGCACCACUGACGAUUUACCAAGUAAUACUGAACACUAUUAUCUCGAAGUCUCUUCACCACGGCAGAAAAUACCUAAUUUAAUUAAAUUUCUUUCUACUAAUAAACCUGAUUCGGUAAUUGUUUUUGCCAACACCAAACGAAAAGUAGAUGAAAUAAAAGAUAUUCUGUUGGAAAAUCAGUUCCGAGUUGACUCUAUUCAUAGUGACUUAUCGCAAUUCCAAAGAACUAGAGUUUUCCAAAAAUUCCGAGCGAAAAAAAUUUCUUUAUUAAUCGCUACUGACGUGGCCGCUCGGGGCUUAGACAUUAAAGAUAUUUCUUAUGUCAUUAAUUAUGAUUUCCCCCAAGACCGAGAGUUUUAUAUUCACCGCACCGGACGAACUGGACGAGCUGGAGCCAGCGUGAAAAACCAAACUAAGAUUAAUAGUCUCAAACGGCAACCUAACGGAACUUAUUAUUGA